CCAGCCGUCUUUAAUUCCCCUAACUCCUGAGUUUUAAUUAUGUGAUGGAGAUGAGUUUCACAUGUCUUUCCCCAUCACGACUACAGCAUAAUCCUCCUUCUGUUUCAUUUGUUUCAUUUUUGGUUUUUGCAGACAGGUUAAGAAAACAAUUAAUCUUAUACAUUUUCUAUAUAAAAAUACAAUUAUCUAUACAAUUAACUAUAUUUCAACAAAUAAAAAAAUAAUUUAUUUAAUAAAAUUAAUAAACUUUGUGUUGAAAGUCAAAAACAACACUUAUGUUGUAACGAAAAAUUUCUCUACAACGACGCUUAAUAUAAAACGGAGGAAUGUAUACUCUUUUGGUCAAAUAAAUAAUACUUUUUCUAAAUAUAAAAUCUAGAGAGAGAAGGUCUUCAGAUAGAGAAAGAGAGAGCAAGAAAAAAACAAAAGAAGCCAAAGAACUGAAGAUGGCUGAGGGAAGAUUAUGUAACAGAGAUGGCUUGAUCUUGACGGCAAUGGUGUUAACGGAGUUUUCUAACGUCGGAGUGAACACUUUGGUUAAAUCGGUGACUUCCAAAGGACUAAGCCCAUUUGUGGUUCUUGUUUACUCCUACGCUUUUGGAUCUCUUAUUCUUCUUCCACUUGCCUUCUUCUCCUUCAGAUCAAGAUCUCUUCCUCCGUUGACUUCCUCAGUUCUUUACAAAAUGGGACUUCUUGGUCUUAUUGUAAGUGCAGCACAAAUCGCAGGGUACAAUGGGAUUAAAUACAGCUCACCCACUUUAUCUUCGGCCAUGAGUAAUGUUAAUCCUGCAUUUACCUUCAUCCUCGCCAUAAUUUUCCGCAUGGAGAAAAUAUCUAUAAGAAAAGAGACUAGUGUAGCCAAAGUGUUGGGAACAUUAUUGUCUAUAAUAGGUGCACUUGUGGUUACUCUGUACCACGGUCCAGUGCUUAUGUCUUCACACUCUGAUUGGGUUAUUGGAGGUGGCCUUCUUGCUCUUCAAUACAUCCUUCUCUCCUUCUCUUAUCUUGUUAUGGCGCACACAAUGAGUCGAUAUCCAUCUACGGUCGUUGUAACGCUAGUACACAAUGUUUGCAUUCUCACUGUGUGUGCAUUCGUUAGUCUUUUAGUCGAGAAGGAUGACUCGAAGGCAUGGAUCAUAAGAUUUGACGUCACCUUGAUCAGCCUUGUUGUAGUGGGUGCUUUGAAUUCGGCAUACUAUAUUAUACAUACAUGGGCGGUGAGUCACAAAGGACCGGUGUACUUGUCGAUGUUCAAACCGUUAUCUAUAUUGAUAGCAGCCGCAUCAACUACCCUUUUUCUCGGCGAGACGAUCUACCUUGGAAUUUUGAUAGGAGGAAUAUUGAUAGCAAUAGGAUUUUACAUGGUAUUGUGGGGAAAGGCCAAGGAAGCCAAAGUGAACAUACUAGGAAGCAUCGAGUCGCCUCCUUCACAAAAAGCUCCUCUUUUGGGAAAUUAAAAGCUACUAAAUAUGUUUACAUUAUACAACUAGAGAUUUUUUAAAUUUUAACAACAAAGCAUUCUUCUACUAUCUCUCUUUUAUAUGUUUUUGUUUUUAUUUCUUACUUUAUUGUUUUCGAUUAUAUUUAUGUAACUAGGUUAAGAUCCGCGCCUUGCGCGGAAUGAACGUUAUAUAUAAAAAUUAUUUUAUAUAA